GUGAGGAUUCCUGGCAUAUCAAGAGCUAGCAUUAGAACUGCUACAGGGUCAUCCUCGGCUAAUGUAGCCUUAGCAUUGGACCGGCUACGUGUCCAGUGUGACCGUGAACGCACCAGAGCCUGAUGUCAAGAGCCACGCUGAGGACUUCGCUGCUGAUCGCGUUAAAGUGAAGCUAACUUUGGGUUUAUCUUUGUGUGACAGUGUUGUCUCUGCGACAUCACGAAAAUGUUUGGGUAUGUGUGGCAGUACGUCUACACAUCCUUCCUGAGGUACUGGCUGAAGUGGCUCGUCAGACAGGCGACGGGGAAAUGUGAGCUGCAGAGAAUAUGCUCCAGAUACAAGCCGGGGGCUACAAGGACAACGAAAGCAGAAUACUCCCUGCGGUCUUCUAGGAGCAAGGUUUUAAGAGGAGCGUUAGAAAGCAGCAAGGAUAACUCAGAAAUAUGUGUGGAUCAAAUUAUGAAAGAGAAGAAUGUCAAACCCCAGAAAGAUCCCCUGUUCAAGCAGAGCCUGCACACCUGUGUGUUACAGAUAACAGGAUACGGCGGUUUGUAUACAUCUGUGGAAGACUUGAGAAAGGAGGUUUUCAGCUCGGACAAUGCAGAACACGAGGCAAUGCUCUUGAAGUUGUGGGACCUGUUGAUGCCAACAGUCAAGCUGGAAUCAAGAUUAACCAAACAGUGGGGAGACAUCGGAUUCCAAGGAGAUGACCCCAAGACCGACUUCAGAGGAAUGGGCUUACUGGGACUUAUCAACCUCGUUUUUUUCAGUGAAAACCACACAGAAGAGGCUCGACAGGUGUUGUCUCACGCAAACCAUCCUAAACUAGGGUAUUCAUAUGCCAUAGUUGGGAUCAACCUGACAGAGAUGGCCUACAGCCUCCUGAAGAGUGGUGCUUUGAAACCACAUUUCUACAACACAGUCCAGGGCCCACCAGAGCUCCAGCACUUCCAUCAGCUGUACUGUUACCUGGCGUAUGAAUUUGACAAGUUCUGGGUGUUAGAAGAGCCAGAAAGCAUCAUGCAGUUCAAUCAGUACAGGGAAAAAUUCCAUAACGUAGUCAGGACACAUCUACAGGACCCUGAUGUGUCCCUUACAUUGGCUGUCCAUUCUAAAAACUAAGAUAAACAAAUGACUGAAGUGGAUUAACCAUGCCCCACCUGAACUCUCCACAGCCCCUGACAUUGUUUCGUCACUUACAGGACGGUUCAGUGGAAGCAAUGAUAAACAUUACAAUGUAAAGGCAGACUGAAACUCACCUGGUCCUCCUCAGAAACUCAGACUAAUCCUCUGACAUUGGGUUUUAUGAUUCUAUACUUCUGGUCUUGUUAUAGUCAAACUUCACAGUUUUAAAGUAGAGCACAAAUCUACCACCCUAUACCUCAGAAGGUUUCAGUGUCUUUCAAAAAGGGGAAAGGAGAGCUGCCGUUUGUCGAAGCACUUUCAGUAAGCAGACAUCCAAAUAGUUUGUGUUACAGUUGUUGAAAAACUGUGAUUAGCCACCAUGUUUUUAGCUGUCUCGUUUGUAUUUGUUCUCACGAUUGUCCUGCUCAGGAAUUUGAUAUUUAUGACCACGACUGAAACUUCUCUAAUUCCAUUGUGGCGUUCUCAUCUUGUUUAACAUCCCCGUUGAUACCAUUAACAGCAUCUGGGUUAUGUGAUAAUGAUGUGAAACUCAAAAUUGUUCUUUUCAUAAAUUUGAAUAUUUGAAGACUGAUAUUGCAUUUUCAUUUCUAGCCCUUGCUGUGAUUGGCUUUUAGGGGGAAGUCAUGUAACGAUUAACACACCUAACUCGAAACCAAUAAAUACACAUUUUGAUGUUUUGAAA